CCUCAAGAGAAACUUGGCAUCGUCACCGCCAUCGCCAUCCUCAUCAUCAAAGCAGAGGGAAACAGCACAACCACUCCAAUAUGAAUAAUGAAUGAAUCAAUCAUUUAUGGAAUCAUAAUCAGAGAAGAUAUGAUUUUGGCAUAUAUAAUGACAGAUUCAUACCAAUCUGUGAGCUGAGCUGCAGCUUGAUUGGCAGAAGAUGCAGAAGGCUUGGUUGUAUGAAGAGCAUGGCCCCAAGGAAGUCCUCAAGCUUGAAGACAUUCCAAUCCCUUCUCCUAAGGCUAAUCAGCUGCUAAUCCGAGUCCAUGCUGCGGCGUUGAAUCCAUUCGACGUCAAGCUUCGAUGGAAUCUGGUGGCCUGUCUGGAUCUUCCAGUUGUUCCGGGCUGCGACAUGGCUGGAGUGGUGGUGGCGAAGGGGGGCGAGGUUUUGAAAUUCGAUGUAGGCGAUGAAGUCUAUGGAAGCAUCCAUGAUUUCAGUGCACAAGAUGGUCUCAAAUGGCUCGGAACCUUGGCUGAGUUCAUUGUCGUGGAGGAAGAUUUGGUGGCGACGAAGCCAAGAAACCUGUCGUUCGAGGAAGCGGCUAGUUUGCCCCUGGCAAUUCAGACAGCUAUUGAAGGAUUCAGGGUUGCAGAUUUCAGACAAGGGCAGUCAGUCUUUGUGGUCGGAGGGGCUGGCGGCGUUGGAACGUUGGUGGUUCAGCUAGCCAAGCAUGUCUACAAAGCUUCUAAGGUCGCGGCCACAACGAGCACGAAGAAGGUGGAGUUUGUGAAGAGUUUGGGAGCAGACUACGUCGUGGAUUACACGAAAAUAAGAUACGAGGAAGUUGUGGAGAAAUACGAUCUCGUGUAUGACACCAUUGGUGACUCGAGGGAGUCGUGUGUGGUGGCUAAGGAGAGUGCCCCGGUGAUCGACAUUACAUGGCCGCCGUCAAAUGCAAGAGCCAGACACUCAGGGCUGACUGUUUCAGGGGAAAUCUUGGAGAAGAUUAGGCCAUGUUUGGAGAAUGGGAAAGUGAAGGCAGUGAUUGAUCCCAAAGGGCCAUUUCCAGUGUGGGAUGUUAUAAGGGCUUUUGGGUAUUUGGAAACAGGGAGAGCCAGGGGAAAGAUUGUCAUAUCCAGUUUUCCAUUUUCAUGGAAAAACAGCAGUGUUGGUGGAUUUUGCAACACUGUAGAGGAUGGUGGCUGUCCAAACAAGAAGUAAUGUCUGAAAAAUUCAAAUUUGAGACAUAAAUUAUACUCCCAAUCUGUAUUUGAUCACAGAACUUGAAAGUUCAUGGAAUUUACACAAAAGCUUCUACUAAACAAUCCUUUCCUUGUGUACAUGGUGUAUGUUAUUACUAGCAGCUUUCUGAAUGAACAUGACAAAGUCUUUUUAUACAUAGAAUGGUG